UACCUGUGGAAAGCUUGAAAAUGGCGGCGUUAGUGAUGGUAAAAUAGCUUUCAUAUCACCGGUUUAAGCGUUUGAUUUGGCAACCGAAAAUGCCUUCAGAGAAGACACGUUCAAAGGAAGACACAUGGACAACCAAUGAACUCAAAAAGGCAUUAAAUAAAGAUGAGAUCAGAAAAGAAAGAGAAAGAUUGAAGAGAGAAAGAAGAGAAGGAAAAGGGGAAGAUAUUAAUGAUUAUGAGGAGAAAGAGAGACGCCACAGGAGAGACGGCGAAGAGAGGCGUCACCAUAGAGACGACGAGGACAGGAAAAAACACAGAGAAAGUAAAAGAGAGGGAUUAACUGAGGAUGAUAGGGAGGCCCAAAGAAGGGAAAGGAGAGAAAGAAAAGAAGGAAAAAGCUCCAAGUCUGAUGACAAGCGACGAGACGAGGAUAGGCGGCGACACAGAGACGAAGACGACGAUCGCCGGGAAAGACGACACAGAGAUCGCGAGGAAGAUGGAAGUCACAAUGAUAGGAAUCGAGACGAAGAGCGAGAACGGAGGAGGAGGGAAAAAGAGGCGGAGAGGGAAAAACGACACAAGAGCAAGGACGACAGACACAGGGAGAAGGAAGAAAAAGAUGAUAGAAGAAGAAAACAUGAGGAAGAUGAUGACAAAAGAAGAAGACAUCGAGACGAAGACGGGGAAGAUAGAAGGAGGAGACAUAGAGAUGAGGAUGGUGAAGACAGAAGAAGAAGACAUAGGGAUGAAGAUGGAGAAGAUAGAAGGAGGAGACAUAAGGAAGAGGAUGAAGAAGACAGAAGAAGAAGACACAGGAAAGAAGAGGAGGAUGACGACAGAAAGCAAAGACACCACAGGGAUGAGGAUGAAAGAGAAAGAAGGAAAGAGAGACACAGAGAAGAUGAAGAUGGUCAUAAAAGAGAAAAACAUCGUCAGAGAGAGAAGAAAGGGGAGAAAACUCUAGACGAGGAUGAAAGAGAAAGGCAGAGAAAAGAGAGACGAGAAAAACGAGAAGCCAAGGAAGGGGGUAAAAGUAGACACCGAGAGGAGGACGAAGAAGAACGGAGACGCAGGAAAGAAAGAGAGAGAGAAAAGGAACGAGAGAGGGAAAGAGAGAAAGAAAGAGAACGGGAAAAGAGGAAAUCAGCCAAUCCCAGCAGAAAGAGAGAGAAUGAACCUGAGGAGGAAGAAAAUGGCUACGGUGAUUAUGAGGACGAUUUUGAGGAUUAUGAAGAUGAUUUUGAGGAUGAAGAGGAUGACACACCAGUUGUCAAAGGAAAGCAAUUGUCCGAUUAUGAUCUACAAAAGACCCCACGUAAAGGCAGAGCUGGCCUGGACUAUUCAGACUCCGAGAUGGAUGAAGUCUUACGAGCCCUUGAUCAAGAGAAUGAGAGAUUGUACCAGGACUCCAGGCAAGGCAAUGACUCACCGAAAGUUAAUCAAUACAACAAACAGUAUGAUGAUCAGGAUUCAGACUCAGAAACUGCUCGACCUGUCACUCGAGGCUUGAUUAAUUUCACGGGGGCCAGGCAGCGAGCCAUUAGUCGUAAAGCUAACAGUAAGACGGCCAAGCGGGCCCAGGAUCUGCUUCAGAUGAUAGAACUCGAUGUCUCAUCAUACGACCUGUUUGACCUUCCACCGGUCAAAGAAUAUGAACUGUAUAUAAGAAGCUUUGGUCGCACAGACACCAAACAGGCUUAUGUCCAGACAAAUGAUGACAACAUUGAGCGAGAAAUCCAGACGGAGGAGAUCGAUGUCCGACAGAAAUGGACGCAGCAUCCGGCGGAAGACUUCACUGGCUGUGGACGGGGUGAUGGAGAGAAGGAUUUGGACGAGGAGGAAUCAGCUCAGCAGAACAAACAGCAGGACCUGGGGCGACUGAACUCGUUCAUACAGAAGGCUGGGCAGGUUAUUGCCAUUCUUCUUGAUGAGGAAAAAGAUCAACAGAGGCAGGAGAAAGCAGAGAACAGAACAAAUCUAAGUCUGAGCGAGGGGUACUCACAGCUGACUUGUCUCUCCAUACUCAAGGGACGCUGUGUAGAGUUUGCCCAUUUUUCUCCCACCCAGCCAAACUACUUACUCACCGCCUAUAGCAAGUGUGCAGAGAUGUCAGAGUCCAAUCCUGUGGACAGGAAGGGUAUUAUCUGUGUCUGGAACACAAACGAGCCUUCUUAUCCUCAAAGGAUCCUUGCCUGUGAAUCCCAGCCAGUCUGCUGUUGUUUCAGUCCCUACAAGACCACGCUAGUCUUUGCAGGAAUGGUGGAUGGCUCAGUGUGUGCCUGGGAUCUCCGAGAACCCCCAGCUUUACACAAAUCUAUAAAGUAUGAAAACUCGGACCACUUACUGCGGUACCCUACCUAUAACACAGCUGGUAUAGGGGAGGUAGAUAAUCAUCAAAGUCCUGUCACCACCCUUAGUCCCGUAGUCUCUUACACAGACAGUGAUUCAGAUUCACAUGACACACAUGAGGAUUCCUCUGGUGGUCUGAGCUUCCAGCUUGUGUCCUGUGAAGAGCUUGGAGUUCUCAAAUUCUGGGUUGUUGCAGAGAUUUCUAAUCCAGACAUGGCCGGAUCAGAAUUUGACCUUGGUCUGGCUCCAGGAGGGAGAAUCAAACUGGUACUGAGUUCCUCCAUCCGACUUCAGAACCCUCUAAGAGAGAAGUCUGGAGCGUUGAGAUCGUUUGAGUUACAGUUAUCUCCGGGAGACCUGAAUCACUUCUACGUGGGAACUGAGAAGGGUUUUGUGUACCAUGGCUUACGGUUUGGAUCAAGGGCUUACCCUAGAACUUUUACUGCUCUCAAUGAUGCUCCUGUGGAUAUUAAAACAGUCGAUUUCUCUCCAUUCUGUCAUCCUUGUUUCUUGGUAACAACAGGAGAUGGUGAUGUUCAUUUGUUCAGCACAAAAACAGACACAGCUCUGGUGUCCUGGCCGUCCCGAGUUUGGGGCACCACGGGGGUCAAGUGUGCGCGAUGGUCCCCGAGCCGACCCUGUGUGUUCUACGUUUUAGACGACAACAGUCGACUCUACACGUUUGAUCUGCUGGAGGGGGAUUCCAUGCCUGCAAAAAUAGAAACGCUGUCAAAUGAUGCAAGGGUAACCUGUCUAGCCUUUACAUCAGAUGUCCGUCAAGCUGGGCAUGGAGGCAGAAAUCCUCAAAUGCUGAUCUGUUUAGAGUCGGGCGUGACACAGAUACAUACAAUAGCUAAAGACUACAGAGAGCAACAAACCCUGGAAGAUGAAUUCCUUCCAACGUAUUUAGCCAGAUUCUAAAAAUAGUUCAGUUUAGGAAUGUACAUGACAACUGACCUCAGAACUGUCUGUGAUAAUUAUUUGCAAAUUUGCUUUACAUGCUGAACAGAAAAUUUGCACCCAUUCCCAAAAUUGUAUUAGAAAUAAUUUUUUUUAUUUUAUGUUAAGUUUUCUGCUAGAAUUCUGACACUUGGCACAAGUUAAACACUGGUCAAGUGAAUGCUAUUGUACUGCUCUAUUAGGUCAUCUGAGUCACUCUGUCCCCAGAAUUUAGACCCCAGAGCAGAGUUCUGUUGAUCAUUCAGUGAACAUUUUUCAUACUGUGUACCUUUCUAAAUCUUUUUAUUUCAUCGGGUAAAAUUUGUACCCAAUGGUCCUUUUCAAAUUGUAAGAUUUGCAUGAAUUCAGAGCUCUAAUGUCAUGUGGGGCUGAGUUGAUUCAGUCCUGAGAAAACUAAUACAGGGGACAACAGAGGACCAUAAGGAUCUUUUAGUAAAAAUAAUAAUUUAAUUAUUAUAGAAAGUAGUGAUGUCCCUUUAUAUGAAUGAUUGUGUCUGAAGUGAUUAAAGAAUAGUAAGAAUGAGUCACUUAAUAAGUACUCUUGUCUCAAGUACUCUUCUCAAAUAAUUUUUUUUUGUAAAGUUGUUUUGAAAAAUGAUGCAGUCAUUUUACAUGCCAGCAUGUAGUUUUUAAAAUGUUUUAAAGUGCUAGUGUUGUAUGCGAAGUUGCAAUGCAAUGAAUCCAAAGAAAAUUAUGUUGAGAAAUUGAGGGAACAUUUCUGGCUAUAUGCUACUUUAAAGUUCCUGUCUACUCCUGAUUUACAGUUUUGUUUAUGAUGAGAGCACCAUAAAAUCAUUUCAUUUUGUCUUUUGUUUGAUUUUUUGUGAAUAAUUAAUCAUCAACUUAGGUGACAAACUCAUUUUGUUUUUUGUUUGACUUCACAAGCUGUGCUUUGUGACUCAGACCCACCCUCUUCUCUCCCUUAAGGAUCAGUGAUAUAUGUAUUGAACAAGUUUAUUGUUUUCUCAAGCCGUCCAUUAUUUGCUGUAGUUGUAAUUUUAUGAACUUGGUCCAAACAAAUGUGCUGUUUAUAAAUUAUUUGUUGAAAAAAUCUUGAA